GUUUUAUCAUUAACUCUGGGUUUUUUUUGCCGAGUUUGACCCACCCUAUUGAGUCACUGUGUUGGGACUUCUUUCUGUUGUUGGAGAAACUAAUGUUGGAGGCAAUGGAGAGUUCCGUAAACGGCUGAUUUUCUCAGUUACAGAGUUGCGGUGACAGUGGCGAAGAAGAGUUCUCGGUGUUGCCACGUCAUACCAAAGUGGUUGUUACCGGGAAUAACCGUACUAAAUCGGUUCUCGUUGGUCUUCACGGCGUGGUCAAGAAGGCUGUCGGACUUGGCGGGUGGCAUUGGCUGGUUCUUACUAAUGGCAUAGAAGUGAAACUACAAAGAAAUGCACUCAGCGUAAUUGAAGCACCUACUGGUAAUGAAGUAUAUGUUGAUCCACUAUCAAAAUCGCUUCAAGAGAAAGAGAAUCCAUUAUUAGAUGGUGAAAAUGCUGUUCUAGUGCAACACCAAGUCAAAGUGGUAAUGGGACCGAUGGUGAUGCCAAUUGAUGACGAUGAUAGACAGAGUGCUGAUAGAGCUGAAUUUAGAUCUUCUGAUCGGUAUGGAGAAGAAUAUGUUUAUACCUGUAGUGGACAUUUCCAUCAUAGGUCAGAAUUCGAAGGAAAUAUGUCUGUUGCAUCUAGUAGAGAAAGAAGUGAACCAAGAGCUCGAUCAAAAGGAAAAGGGAAAGACACAAAAAAACAUACUUCUGAAGGUUCUUCUUCCGAUAGAAGAUCGACUUCUAGUAACCCUGAGUAUAACAAUUCAUCUACUGGCACUCAUGGUUUUUAUCCACAGGGACAAUCUUCAUAUUUUCAACCUUCACAUGGUUUUUAUCCACCAUUUCCUAAUUAUGGUGUGGAUGUUAUCCCCAAUCCAUCAAAUGAGCAACCAGUCGAUGCUCUUCAGAGGCAUUUCGUGUCACAGCAAAUGGAUGAGCUGCAGGUCAUUGUGGGAUUUGUUCAGGCUGCAAAGAGAUUGUAGACUGUUUGCAAAUGACCCGGAUAAGAAUGUCGAGUUCGGCUGUCGACGC